AUAAAGACGGAGAAUAGCGGGAUAAAGUCUGAUAAGGCUGCACCAGACAGCAGCUCACAGUGGAGGAGGAGAAGAAGUGAGUCGAGCUGAGAUCCCAACAGUGUGAUUCUGCUGCAGCGUCUCUCUGUCAAUGACUGGCUGACCAACACAGAUGAUGUCAUCAGAGCACCUGACCUGCGGUUGGCUGCAGCAGCUACUCGUCGUACUUCUGAAGCUUUGUCUCACUUUUGCUGGACCUUUGCGACCACUCAAUGGGACAGACUGCUCAGCCAAGGGUCCUGCUUCCUACAUCCUGGUCUUUACAGGUCACUGGAGCCCACAGGCAUUCCCCAAGCAGUAUCCACUGUUCCGGCCCCCUGCACAGUGGUCCAAGCUCAUAGCGGUGAGCCAUAAUCGCCAUUUUCGGCUGUGGAAGCAUGGUGCUCCAGCUGGUGCAGGGGUGCAGAGCUUUGCCGAGGUCGGGGUGACGGUGGAGCUGAUGAAGGCUGCCAAGGAGGCCAGGAAGAGACGCGCAGUUGGCACCAUGUACCGUACAGCCGGCAUCCCUAACGGCAUCGGGCACAGCUCCACGGAGUUGGUCAUGCAGCCCCGGGGCUCCCUGUUGUCCCUGAUGGUGAAGAUAAUCCCCAGCCCCGACUGGUUUGUUGGUGUGGACAGCAUAAACCUCUGCGAGGGCAGCCAGUGGAAACAGGAAGUGACCAUUGACCUCUAUCCUUAUGAUGCAGGGACAGACAAUGGAUUCACUUUCUCUUCUCCUAACUUCCGCACAAGCCCCCGAGAAAACAUCACAAAGAUCACGUCUGAGAUGCCGAACCAUCCCGCAAACUCCUUCUACUAUACACGUUUAAAGGAGCUUCCACCUAUGGCCAGCAUAAGGAUCAGUCAGCAGAGCAGAUCAUCUGACCGUCAAAUCCUUAUGUCAAAUCACAUCCUGCCAAACACUAUCAAUCCCCGGCGUUUCUUCGCGACCCCAUUGGACUGUGAAGUGUCUUUCUGGUCAUCCUGGGGUUUGUGUCUUGGUCCUUGCUCCAGAGGUGGUGUCCGCCAUCGCACACGUUACAUUCUUUUGCGUCCGGCCAAUGCUGGCGUUCCCUGCCCUGAGCUGGAGGAGCAGACUGAAUGCGUAUCACACAGCUGCAUGAGACUCCAGUAACCCACAG